CAAUUACUAUUUUUCUGAAUCUAAAUAAAAAAAACAGUUAUAGUAAAAAAAUAUCAGUGACUCCCGAGUUUUUUUGGAUUAAACUCUAUUUAAAUCGCUAUUACAAAUUAUAUGUUCUACAUAAAACAAUUAAUUAUUAUAUUCUCUGGUUUCACUGAUAGUUGUAUAUAUAGUCAUAAGUGAACAUAAGUUUUUUUAAUUUGUACUUGUUAUAAAUGUAUAGUUUUAUUUCACAAAAAGGGUUCCGUUAUUAUGCUAAUUGCAGUAAUUAUAAUAUUCUGUAACAAUGAAAAAGAUAAAAUAUUUUAAUAUAAAUUCAUCAAAUUAGUGCUUCAAUGUAAUAACAGCUAUAUACAAAAAAUGAUAAUUUUUGUGCAAGUGUACAAAAAUGUUUGAAUUCAAAAAGAAAAAGAAUUAUUAAAUUUAUAAACGGCUAUGUUGAAAUGCGAACAAAAAGUCUGUAUAUUAUUGAUAAAAAUGUUUCUUUUUAUUUCUCGUGACUAAAUUAGAAUGAUGGUCCAUCUUGACAUUUUUAUAGUAAAAGUAUUACUUGUUCUAACUAAUAAAAGAUAUACUUAUACGUACAUACAUCUCACAUUAACAAAUAUCACAAUUGGAACGAAGAAUUAUUAACUAUUUAAAAUCAAUUUUCCCGCUAUUUUUAAUUUUUCUUUUAAAGAUACUACUGCGCUACCUAGCGGCAUUUUGAAAAACAAGAAAGCCUUGAAAACCUGUAUACAGUGUUCUUAAAAAUCACUUUACAAAAAUAAGGAAAACAAUAAACUAAAUAUUUCUCUAUUAAUAGAAUUAUAAAAUAUUUUGUUUUUUAUUUCAAGAUGUGUGUUAAUCUUCAAUUGUAAUGUUAAAAAAGUAUACGCCCGCGAUAUACGCCACUUCAAAUAAUUACUUAGGACUACUACUUGAGUACUUACAUAAAUAUAUACUUAAGUUAAUUUUUUGACACCUUGUAUAUUAAGAGGAAUUUGAGAAAGGCAUUUAAUAAGGAUUUAAAAUAUUUAAAGAAACUACAAGCUAGCAAAGUCAACAGUUGCAUAGAUACGGUCAACGUGUGAAUGUCGAAAAUAGAAAUUUCUGUUAUGUGUUAUCACUACCGGAAAUUAUAGGUUUAUUUGAUUAUUUGGAAAAAUUUGAUCUUAAAGAAAAAUGAGUGUAAAUCCUUUGAGAUGGAAGACCAAAAAUUUGAUAUUAACUAUAACAACAGUCGUUCUUUUUUAUUUUAUUUUUAUUUACAAGAAAUCUAAUCGAAUACAAAGCGUUGGUGUAAUAAAAAACGUACAUCCCAUUAAAGUAUGGGAAUUUGUAGCAGAUUUUAGCAACAUGAAACUACUGAAUCCACUAAUAGAUGACUUUAACAUCAUCGCUGAAAGCGGAAAUUAUGAGCAUUGGCAAUAUUCCGUAGAAUAUACUGAACAUUUACGUUAUUUGCCAUUUAUAAAGAAUUUCGGUGUUGGCCAUUUCUCUAUAAAAACAGAAAACGACACUUAUUUAAUAAGUUCGAAUCAUAACACUUGUUUUUUUGGUUUCAUAUGUGUUAAGUCAACGUCAGAAUUUAAAUUCCAAAAAGAUGAGGAAACAAACACCAGAUGCACUGAAAGCGUGGAAUAUCAUUGUCCGAUUACGGUUAAAUAUUUAUGUGACAAAGAAGCUACAGAACAACGAAAAGAUAUAAUGAAUCGAUUAAAGAUUUUAUAUAUACAAAAUAUAUACAAGGGCGGGUUGAAAAGUUUUAAGCCUUUUUAUAAAUCUUUUAAAAAGUAAGUUAUAUAAAGACCGAAAAAAAUGGUUUCUAUAUUAACCUUAAAACUUUUUAACUCACCCAUGUAUUUAUAAAGAUCUAUAUCAUGUGUUUUCCAGAUAAAUAUAUGUACAUAUAUGUAUAUAUAA